CACAAUGACAAUGGGAGUUGGAGUUUCCCACUGGGCUUUCACUUUCACUUUCACUUUCUAAUCCUUGUGAUUGGUACUAGGCCUACACCCUACUACACCUGGUAUUACACCCUAUUGGUUGUCAUAGUUAUUUCUAUAUGAUUGAGAGGAAAGAAAGUGAAAGGGUUAACUCAAUUUCGAAACCAAAAUAAUCUACCCAGCAACAUAACGUUGAUGUGUUGCAAACUGCUUGCUGUCUUGCAAGCUUCAAGGCGCUAACAUGAACAUCCUGUUCUUGUGGUGACAGCUAGAUGUCUAACCACAGAGAGCAGAACAUCCUGCUCUGUUCGCUAACCCAUAGUCUCUACCUCAUCCUGUUUUGCUGGCGUAUGCAACUAUAUAGACUAUAAUGUGUUAGCUUAGCUAUCGAGGUCGCACCUGUUGCUUGCAUGCACAGGGCAGGUCUGUGUCUAUAUCUAUAAAUAAGAGGCGCUCCCUCUUAUCUGUGUGCAUAAUGGAAUAAACCCUUUUGUUGCUACAACUCUUGUGUUUCUUCCUCUGUGCACCGAGCGCUCUGACUUGCAGGACUUCUCAGGGUAGUACAGGGAACGGACAGUCUCUUUGGUUUCUCAAUGAGGAAUUGUUGAAGACACUCCUCAAGAUUAAGCUAUGGUUUAGAGAAAGAAAGAGAGAGGAAAAUAUUAUAGGAAGUCGAAAGUAGGCUAUAUGAAGUAUUAGGCCUAUGGAGAGCAGAAACAAAGCCAGAUGAAAUUGAAGCUUUUUUUAAAAAGUCUAUUGAAAAAAUGAUAGUGUUGGGACAGUUCUAAUUUGAACAGGAAGCUUGUUCCAUCAUUUGGCAGUAUAAUGGCUAAAUGCCAUCACAUUGUCUAGAUUUUACCCUAGGCACAACCAGUAGAGAAGAAGACUAUGCAUACCUAAGACUAGUUGGAUGGUAUUACUGUAGCCUAUCUGCAAUAUAUUUAGGGCUAGGCCAUUGAGUGACUUAAAGAUUAUGAGAAGAAUUUUCCCUCUCAUGCACGCUCCUUACACUGGGAAUCACAGUUGCAAACAGUAGCUCAACAGAUAAAUGUUCAUCAUGGGUUCAUCAUAAAAUCUCAAGCAAACAUGAAAAUAACAAUUAAAACAUUCCCCUACCCAAAGUCAUACCAAUGGGAAUCUCGCAACAAGGUGCGUAUUCCAUGUCACACUUGUAAAUGGACAGUAGCCUAUCCGCGCGGGCACCAAAGUCGCUCCUGCUCAUUCCGAGCCAGUGUGUUCCAAUAACAAUAGCAAAGUAACGUCCAACCAGUUCCCAAUCAUUAACAUCAGUAAAUGAGAAGUUGGAGGGCCUGCAUUCUCACAUCACAAUUACAGCAUCACCAAAAUAUGGACAAACCUCUCCUGCAUAUGGGCGAGACUAUCAAUGCAAUGGCACACCUUGCACGAAGUGGUCAACAAAGCAUAACACCAGCGAAAGUGAAAGUAAUGUGCGUCGCGGCACCACCCACCUCACAAAAUCUUAGCCACCGUUUAUUACCUGUGUUAAACAUUUUGGAUAUCCACAACCUAAUAGUGGACGAUUUUAAUCGUCUUUCAUUGUAACACUUUUACCAACGUUCACCAGCUUACAAAAUUAUGUCAGUUAUGCUGACAAAAUGUUAUCAUUGUCCGCACAAGCAAGAGAGCACUACAGUACACCAUUGUAGUUGUGUCUAGUGUGUUCCAUACCUUCUCAUCACAUGAAUAUGCGCGGAUUUGGAUUCUGCCUCGGCUGCAUGAUAAAUCCAGAUAUUAUUAAACUAGAGACCUUUCGCAAAAAUCACAAGACUGUACUCAACUUAGGCGGCAAUCAGUUGCAUGGACAUGCCAACCAAUCAGAGGAGUUGUAGCAGACUCGUCACUUUGUUGAAGCUCAUACUCCGGGUUGCCAGACGGGGCAGUCAGCAGAAUAUUGCGAAGGGGGAAAUUCAUUUCCAAUAUAAUUCACAAAUAGCAAUAUUUUAAAAGGGUCCUGAGCUGGUGGGGCCGAGCCAAGUCACGGUGGGGCCGUGGCCCCACUAAAAAUAGCCUAAACUCGCCCCUGUUUGUAAAUAUACCUAUACAUAACGAUUAUGUAAGUUGUCUGCUGGCUACAUUUCAUUAUGUCAAAGUGAAAUUUCUUUAAUGUUGUCCAAUGAAAAGAUAUACUUACAAAUCUGCAGAAAUGUGAGGGGCCUACUCACUUCUGUGACACACUGUAGGCUAGUGCAAUGCCUAAUGCACGUGAACAAAGGAGCAGGAAGUUAAAAUGUAAGUAGCCAACGGAAAAUAAGCAUGCCCUUUUUCAAUCACAGAGAUUUCCCAUCCACUUUUCGAGGGGCUCAUGGACGGAUUUCGUAUGUCUUAAUCUUCGGAAUUCACCGACGAUGGCGCUUUGAAAAGAACUUUUCUUCGGAAUUAAAGUUUGAACGCUUGGUCAAUAUUGGUGGUCCUCAGUAUUUGAGGCCCCUGUCACUCUCUGACAGUACGAUUGUCUGCUGCUGUUUAGGGGAAAUCUCUAUGGAUGCGCAGCUGGAAAGGAAAGGCUUUAUUCCUGGGGAGACUAUCAGAAUUACGGCAGGAGUCGCAAACGGCACUUCCCUGAGAAUUGUGCCCAAAGCUGAGUUGGUCAAGAGAGAGACCUACCGUGCCCGUUCUUACCGGUGUGUUUCCAAGACCCUGAACUGCACCAAGGGGCAGCCUGUCCGACCCCAUGCCUCACAUGUUUGCUGUGAGCUGUCUCUCCCCAUCCCUGGAGACGUUUACACGAGCCUGGAGAACUGUGCGAUCCUGGAUAUUCAAUACGUAGUCGUGGUGAGCCUGAGGGCCAUAGGAUGCUCCAAACUGCGGCUCCUGUUCCCCAUCGUGAUCGGUAGCGCUCGGGUGCCUGUGCCUGAACCAUACGGACUGCCACCUCGUUUGAUAUGUUUUUAAUUUGAUAUCACCUUGGUUAAAAUCAUUAUAUAAAUACAGGAUUUUUUUUAAACUGACAUUUUGGUACCGGACAUUGCAUUGCAAUAGGGAUUUUCUAUGGGCUUAAAAAGUUCCAAUUUCCAUCUUUUCCAGUAAUAACAUGGAAAAGUAAAAAAUGGCAUUCAAGCCAUUUUGCAAUGAAACUAUUCAUACAUUCAAAGCACAUUUGUUAGGCUUGUAUAAUUAUUACAUUAGAUUGCAUUAUUUCAUUACAUUUUUCCAUUAUAAAGCAUUUAUUAAAGACAUACAAUCAGAGGUACCUAGAAUAAGCAGGAAGAUAUUUACAUUGCAGGUUCAAAUCCUGCCUGAACCAGUUGAAAAUAUCUGAAUUGUGAAUGAUUGUGAAUGUGAACUGUGAAUAUGAAUAUGUGAAUGUGACGUCCUAUGGUACUUGUAUUCAAUAACCUUUAAGUCUGAUAUAGCCACAAUGACUGAAUGAUUUUUUUUUUGGCUGGACAGUGUAUUAGGGCUUGGGCAUGACACUAUGCAUUUUUACAUAGGGGUGUACUCAUUUUUGUUGCCAGAGGAUGAGACGUUAAUGGCUGUAUUUCAAAUUGUUUUGAGUGAAUAAUAAAUUGAAUCAUUUAUACUCUAUAAA